AAGAAUAUCUGUUCUCUCAGUCCCAGUGGGAGGUGAAAGCAUGCCGCAGUCUUCCAUGAAGGGCGGCCCUGUCAACUAGAAGCGGCUCCGUCGUCCCUGAACGCCGGUAUCCCGUCAUGGACUUCCUGUUAAGUGGCGUGGCGGCGUGCGGAGCGUGUCUGGUGACCAACCCGCUGGAGGUGGUCAAGACCCGCAUGCAGCUUCAGGGUGAGCUGAAGAGUCGGGGGACCUACCAGGUUUACUACCGUAAUGUCUUCCACGCUUUCUACACCAUCGGUAAAGUGGACGGCCUGGCCGGGUUACAAAAAGGCUUGGUGCCUGGAUUGAUGUACCAGUUUUUUAUGAACGGAAUCCGCCUCGGCUCGUAUGCCAUUAUCGAGUCUUCUGGUCACAUCCACACGGAUGGAAGGGUCAGUGGGGUGAAGACCGUCUUUGCUGGCGCUGCGUCAGGAGUGAUGGGAGCUGUGAUUGGCAGCCCUCUUUAUCUGAUAAAAACUCAUCUGCAGAGCCAGUCCACAAUCUCCAUUGCUGUAGGACAUCAGUAUAAACACCAGGGGAUGACCCAUGCCAUGGCGGCCAUCUACAAGGAGUACGGCCUUAUGGGACUGUGGAGGGGCUCCAGUGCCGCCGUACCAAGGGUCUGCGUGGGCUCAGGUUCUCAGCUAUCAACCUUCUCCUCCGCCAAAGAGCUGGUGGUUGAUCUUCAGGUGUUUCCAAAGGACAGCUGGUUUGUUGCGCUGAGCGCGGGCAUGAUCAGCAGCGUGGUGGUGGUGCUGGCAAUGACGCCUUUUGAUGUGGUUGGCACACGGCUCUACAACCAGCCGGUGGAUCAUCAGGGCAAGGGGCUGCUGUAUAAAGGAUUUGUUGACUGCUUUUCUAAGACACUGACAAAAGAGGGGCUGAUGGGACUCUACAAAGGUUUGGAAGCCUCUUAUUUCCGAAUCGGUCCUCACACCAUUCUCUCAUUGUUCUUAUGGGAGGAACUACGCAAAUUUCACCAGCAGUACAGAUAACAGGAAUCAGGAAGUUCGAAUAGGUCAUUCAUUAAGCUGUGAGUCUACAAGUUAAGUGAGUUUAUAAUAUUCCGUUUAAACCAAAACGGGAAAGGUUUUUCCUACUCAUUUACCAAGGGUAGUGAUAUUUAAAAAAAUAAAAUACAUUAGAGAACUCUGAAAGGAAGAGAAGAGAAGGUAAAGAAAAGCUAAGAGAAGGGAAGAAAAGGGAACUUGGGUAAAAAUGUAGCACUCAUCACUUGGUGACAAUUUAUUGGGAAACAGGAAAUGAUUGAAUAUAUAUUUAUUAAAGUAUCACUCCUAGCUGUUCAAAUGCAAUAGAUGACCUUGUAGGUGAUGUGCUACUACCGCCAACAGUUUUUCAUUCCUUGCCAACUUUUAAGAAACCCAUUUUAUAAAAUAUCCAUCAAAGUGGUAUCUGAUGAUCACUUUUCAGGGACCACACACUUUUGUGCCUGCAAUAAAUCCAUAAUAUGGAUUACAACUGCAAAGAGACUGAACUGGGUGUGGUCAGUGAUCCAUAUUGUCAAAGAUCGAUUGGUGCACUAACAUGUUAAGAUUGCCUUAUAUUUACAUAUAUCUAUAUACACCAUGUGAAUAUUGUGUGCAUCAUACUUACCCUCGUGAGAAAGAAAUGUGUUAUUUAUUUGUUUUUCGGGACACAUUAAACUCCCCCUUUUGAGUAAAACAUA